CUCCCUGGCGGGCUGCGCGUGGGCGUCGUCUCCGGCAGGGGGCGCUGUCCGAAGGGGUCUCCGCGCCCUGCUGCUCCCGGCCGGCUCCGCGAGGCGCAGGAGCGAGAGGGGCGCUCCGAGGAGGCCUUCCCCAACCCUCCUCCUCCUCCCUCUCCUGAUCCGGGACCAUGUUCACCAGCACCGGAUCCAGCGGGCUGUAUAAAGCACCUUUGUCAAAGGGCCUUUUAAUAAUCCCAAGCACCUUCUCACUUUUGUUGGCUCUACUCUUUCAACAAUACCAGAAGUUCUUUGUGUACAAUCUGCAAGCCGUGAAAGAAGAAUUUCAGGUUUGGAGGCUUUUAUGUGGGCGAACUGUAUGUCUUGAUCUCAAAGACACAUUCUGCAGCAGUUUGCUCAUCUACAACUUUAGAAUAUUUGAAAGGCGAUAUGGAAGCAGGAAAUUUUCAUCAUUUUUGCUGGGCUCCUGGAUGCUGUCAGUGUUGUUUGACCUACUCCUGGUAGAAGCUGUGGAGUAUUCUUUUGGUCUCACAAUCAAUAGCUUGCCUUCAGGAUUCUUGGGCCCUGUAUUCGCUCUUUUUGUACCAUUUUAUUGCUCCAUUCCAAGAGUACAAGUGACGCAAAUUCUAGGCCAGUUUUCCAUCACGAACAAGACAUUGGUCUAUGUAUUGGGUUUGCAGCUUUUAACUUCUGGGUCUUACAUUUGGAUUAUAGCUUUAAGUGGGUUGAUUUCUGGAAUGUGCUACAGCAGCAGUGUGCUAAAAGUGUACCAGGUACUUUGUAUACCUAGUGGUGUGGCAAGAAUAUUUGCUUGGACUCUCGAGCCAAUUUUCUCAUCCACAGAGCCAUCCAGUGAGACCAGAGUUGGAAUGGGAGCAACUGUGGACAUACAGAGGCAACAGAGAAUGGAAUUACUGGAUCGGCAGAUCUUGAUGUCACAGAUGAGGCGGCAAAGGCAGCAACAGGGUGGAAUUAUUAACUGGAACCGUCUCUUCCCUCCUUUACGUCAUCGGCAUAAUGCAAACUAUCAGGACAAUCACCAGCCUGAACAUGAAGGACUGCCUCCAGCUGAGGUUUCUGAAGAACAGGUUGCACGGCUUAUGGAAAUGGGAUUCUCCCGGGUUGAUGCUUUGGAAGCUUUGAGGGCUUCAAAUAAUGACCUUAAUGUAGCCACCAACUUUCUGCUUCAGCAUUGAUGACUACCUGCAGUGAAGAACUUGAAUUGAUAUAUUUAGUGCGUUGUCCAAAGGAGGACCUUAACCAUUAGCAGAAUACAUUCUGGAAUGUCUCAGUCAAGAAGAGGAUGUUCUCUCUUCACAUGUGACAUAUCAGAGGAGAAAUGGAUAGCACUGGAAAUGUCUCACUUUUGAAUAGGGAAGCUUUCUGGCUAGGUUGCACUUAAAAAUUACUUUCAAGCAAUUUUAAUAUACAAAAACCUCAUUAUUUGAGAAAAGGGCAAGUGCCCCCCCAGCCACCCCCCCCCCAAAUAAUUAAGAAACAGGAAGAAAUGGUGAAACGUGUAUAAAAAGCACCUCUUUUUUCAAGAAUCACAGUUUUACAUCUUUUUUUCUGAUUUUAAAUAUUCUUGUACACUGUGUUUAAUUCACCACCUUUGUUAGUGCUUUAAGACAAAAUGAAUAAUUCCUGGUCCCAUGCAAUUUCAAUAAUGAAAGGGAGGACUGUAAUGUAGUCAGAGGACUCUGAUAAUAUUUAUGGAGCACAGUAAAAUAGAAUGAGGACAUGAAAUCAGAUAAGGAAAAGGGAGAAGGAAGAAAAGCAGAAAGAUUUAUAACAAAAUAAAAUUGAAAGAGGAUUCAUUAAUAGUGUAGGAUGAAGAAUAAGAAAAAAAAGUCAUGGCUAUUGCUUUAGCUGUAUGUUCCUGUAAAUGUUUCUUAAGCAAACCAAUCAUAAAAGGUCUGCAGUCCAUUUGUUCUGUUUGGAAGAAGAUGGGGGACGAGUUCAGAGUACAAUACUCAGCAAAAGGAAUUCUAGCCUUGCUCAGAGGCAUUAUCUUGUUUUCCAGGGCAGAGCUUUGGCAUUAAGUAUAGCUCCUCUGUAAAUUAUGGUGAACAAUGGCUCAGGUCAAGCCCUGUACACAGAUGUACUCUCUCUCCAUGGCAUUGAAACCUGAAUACUUGAAGUUUUCAUCGUCACCUGUAUAAAGGAAAAGAAAACUGCAUGUAAAUUAUCUAUAUUUUAUUGGUACUGGAUGCAGGACUGGAACACUAUAUUUUUCCAUCUCAAAUUGCACCACUCAUUUAUUCCUUUUUGAGAGAAAGCCUUUGACCCUUUUUGUGGGCUCCUAAUUGGAAGUUUGUGAGUAACCCUUUCUUUAUCCUAAUCACAGUUAAAACUAGAAUAAGGGUAUGAAAAUCUUUCCCACAUAAUGAAAACUGUGAGAAUGGUUAACGGCAAAGAACAUCUAUGUAUUCACUUUUCAAAAAUACUUCUGUGCUAUGCAAUAAUGUAUGUUUUUUUCAAAUACUGUGGUUUAUAGACACUGUAUAUUGUUCAGAUGUUAUCUUGGUGAUCUUUUCAUACUCAGUGCCUACUGCAUGCAUUCUCUUUUAGGUUUGACAUAUCUGAUUCCAGAAUCACAUCUUAGCAUGUGCUUUUGGUGAGAAAGAUUUAUAGAGACAGCAUAAUACUUGGUAAGGUGGAAAAAAUAUGAAAACACUACCAUAAACUCUGCAUACUUGCCGUGGUAGCUGUGUGGUAGUUCUACAGAAGGGUUCUAUGCACAUGAGGAGCUCUGUUGAGACACUUCUAUAGCUAGGCGAGAGUUUUGGUGGGAGCCUGAACCCAACCACCUAAAUUGCAUUGCACAGUGAUAACCAGGUCCCCACAUUGGGGAUGGCGGGAGAGGUCACAUUUAAUAGGUCUUGAAGGCCCAGGCUGCAAUCCACAUUAUUCAGGAGGAGGUGGGAAAUUGGGAGUAUAUGAUAGCAUAAACUAUCUUGCUUAGGGAUAUGUAUAUAAACUUAUUUCCUUGUGUCAGUUGUCCAAAUCUUAUGCAGUGUUAAAGAACAAUUUGAAGCAAUGUUCUGAACGGAUCCGCCUUAACAGAAAAACUGCCUCUAGAAAACUCUGUGCUUAUACAAUUAAACUAAAACUGAGACUGGGAAAAGCAGGGAUUUAAUGUUUCUUCAGUUGACAUGGGCCAUGAUAUCAAAAACCACAAUCCCAGAGUUUCUUGUACAUACACGAAAGCAGUGGCGCCUAAUAGAAGGGCAAAGGGAAAAACUAUAAGAUAGUGGGAGCAAGUUAGCCUGUUAGAGCAAUCAAUAACAUUUGUUUUAUAUUCUAGGGGAGUGGGAAAACGUCUAGGGGACUGGGAAAACGUAUUAAAUGUCAAUAUUGCAAAGCAUCCCACUGAUGUUCCUAGGAUUUUUUCCAUGUAAAUGUUUCUCGAAGGCUAUUGUUGUAAAAGAAUGUGAACUAGUACCUCCAUUGUCCAAAGCUCUACAGAUUUUUUUGCACACUGCCUGUGACUUUGUGGAAGGUAAAAGAUAUUUCAGCAAGCUAGCACAAAUCCAAAUAUACAGGUGUUCUGUAAUGAGAAAAUAAUAAAAAGGUCACAUGAUCUUAACUACUAAAUGUGCAAAAGAAAUUGACUCGGGAGUAAUUCAUGGCUUUGAUAUUAAUUGGCCUAAUGUGUGUUAUUAAACUGAUUCAUUAAUUAGAAUAAUAAUAAUAAUAAUAAUAAAGUAUUGAUAGCAUAACUGCUUUAUUAAUGACCCAAAAGUUACAAAAUAGUUGCAAAUGUAUACAAUUCUCAGGAUGGAUAUUAUUGUCAACCAAAAUAUCAAUAUUAAAUAUCAAACAGAAUAUGUAACAGUAAUUUCAGAAUUAAAGUGGGCUUUUUUCAUGGC